UGUUCCAUAGGAUACACACGCCCCUCUCCGCCCCUGCCGCGAGACAGGUGGUUGGACAGUACGCCUUCAUCCUCGAGCGCUCCCUCUUAGAGUAAAAAAAUAAUAAUAUCUGUUGACAGCAGGGGAAGGGUCGGUAGGCGCGAGCGCGUCCCCGAUGGACUUCCAGCGUGUGACCUCCGCGAUCACCGGGCGGGCAGCGGGAGAGGGGGGCAGCAGCAACCGGAGCGCGCGAGGAGAGACCCCGCCGAUCUACUGCCAAAUGUUUCCCAGCGAAUCGCUCGAAACGGGAGGGGGUCUACCGACGGAUGAAUGAGAUGCGCGAGUGAGAAAGUUACACGAUUUUUUGGUUGGGGAUUUUUAAUCUGAGAGGCGGCGGGAUAAUUUCUGACUAUCCUCCGGCGGUCUGGGAAGUUUGCGCGAGGUAUAGGUUUUUUUUAAAUUAUGGCUUCAGCGGGCGCCGGUAAGGCUGCACAGCCCCCCGGGCCGGGCACCGCGGUUAACGGGACUGCGGCAGAGGUCCCGAACAUCGAGCAGGAGCUGUAUGACUACCAGAUGCACGGCAAGAUGUGCAAGAAGAUCGCUCAGCUCACCAAGGUGAUUUAUUCUCUGAACAUGAAGAACGAGGAGCAGGAGGCGGCCCUGCAGGCCUUGAGCCACGCCCACCACGAAGAGCUGCACCGCAUCCUGGUGGAGACGUGUCAUGAAGGGGAGGGGUCGCCGCUGAGGACACGCCUCCUGGAGAUGCAGGACUCUCUGGAUGAGCAGCAGAGGGUUGGAGCCCAGGUGCAGGUGGACUUCGAGUGCUUCCGCAUCCAGUCAGUGGAGAGAGAGCGUGAGACAGAGGUGGAGCUGAGAAAAAAGUUCGAGGAGAGGCUCCAGGCUGCGGAGGAAGAGCUCCAGGAGGCCAAGGCCCACAUCGGUGACGCCCAGGAGGAGAACCUGCAGCUCAGCAAAGAGCUGGAGAAGGCCGGAGAGCAGAUCCUGGAGCUGGAUGCCAAGUGUGAGGAGCUGCAGAAAGCGUCCGACGAGGAGAGGCGGCGGAAGGAGGAGCAGAGGCAGAGGGAAGACGAAGAGAACAAGAGAGAGGAGCAGAGGCAAACGGAGGAGCGGGAGGACUCGGAAAAAGUGCGAGCGCUCUCAGAGGAGCUGAAGGCGAUGCGCGAGGAGGGCGACCGGGAGGAGGAGGAGAGGGGGCGGGCGGGGAGGGAGGAGAGGGAGCGGUGGGAGCAGAGGGUGAACAACCUCAACGAGGAGCGGGAGGACAUGAGGAGGGGGAUGGAGGCGGAGUGGAGGGAGGAGCGGCGGAGGUGGGAGGAGAGGGAGGAGGAGGAGAAGAGAGGAAUGCACAGCGCCCUGCGAGAGAGGGUGAAGAGGGCUGAGGCGGAGGUGGAGGGCCACCUGGAGAGGUUGGCAGAGGGCAAGAGGAACACGGUCAAACUGCAAGAGCGGAUACAGGACCUGGAGGAGGAGCUGGAGCUGGACCAGAGGCGCGUGUCGGAGGCCGAGGGCGCGGCCAAGCGGGCGGAGGAGGAGCUCGCUGUCGCCAAGGAGAGGCUGCUGCUGCAGGAGGACGAGCUGCAGUGCAGAGCAGAGGAGCUGCUGAACCGCGGGGGCUGCGAGACGUGCGUGUGCACCGAAGUGGAGGAGCUGAGGAGCCAGGCGAGCCGCCUGCAGAGCCGGAACAGAGAGCUGGAGCUACAUAGCAGCGGCAGAAACAACGACCACGCCCGACAGAUACGCCAGCACGCCGAGGCCCUGUCCAGUCUGCGCUCCGAGAUGGUGCGAGCCCAGACCGAGGAGCUGCGUCGCAUCCAAAAGCACGCAGACGACGAGCGGGAGAAGCUGCAGAAGGAGAUGGACAAAGAGAGGGAGGACCUGCGCAGGGAAAGAGAGCAAGAGAAGGAGAAGUUCGAGAAGGACAGGAACAGACUGCGCCGGGAGAGGGACGAGGAGAGGGACGAGGUGGAGGGGAUCAAGGAGCGUCUGAGGAGGGAGAAGGAGGAGGAGGUGGACCGGCAGAAGAAGGAGCUGGAGGUGGAGAGGGUCCGCAUUCGUCUGCAGCUGGACAAGAACAUCGAGCAGGUGGAGACGGAGAGGGCCAAUGUGCAGCAGAAGCUGGAUGAGGAGAAGAGGAGGCUGGUGGAGAAGGCCGAGGAGGACAGGAAGCGGUUGAAGGAGCAGGUGCGGAAGGCGAUAGAGGAGGUGAUGAGGAGGCACGCCGCCGAGCUCCACGGCGUCCAGGAGGCUCUGAGCUCAGAGAGGAAGACCAACCAAGAGGUGUGUGCGCGUUUGAAUGAGGAGAGGAGGACCGGUGAGGAGCUACGCAGCGAGCUGGAGAGGGAAAGGGAGGAGCUGAGGACGAAGAUGAAAGAUGCCACCAAUGAGGUCUGUAGGCUGCAGUCUGCGAUCCGACAGCAGGACCAGAAGGAGCAGAUGGCCCCCGAGGCCGCGGCCUCGAGUGGGCCGCAGUGCUCCCGUCUGGAGGAAGAGCUCCGUCAGGCCCGGACUCGGCUGGCCCGGAUGCAGGAGGAGGCGGAGAGGCAGCGAGAGAGGCAGCAGAGGGAGACGGCGUCUCUGAGGGCCGACAAGCACCGGCUGGAGGAGAAAGUCCUGGAGCAGAGCCGCCUGAGCACGGAGCGGAGUCUCCUAGACCAGAGCCAGCGGCAGACCGAGGACCGGAUCAGGGCGGAGUGCGAGGAUCGUCUCAGAGCGGAGUUCAGGAUAGAGAUGAACGCCGCCGUCGCUGAGAGCGAGCAGAGGUGGCAGAACAAAGAGCAGGAGCUGCAGACCCACAUAUCGGAGCUGCAGGGUCAACUGAGCGAGCUGCAGUCACAGGAGGCGGAGAAAACGAAGGAGGGCCCCGGAGACGAUUGCCAUGGCAACCCCGAAAUUGACAGGCUGAGGAAGGAGGUCCAGGACACCAAGGAGAUCAACAAGAAGCUGAGGGAUCUGCUGCAGGAGCCCCAAACCCAGUCUUUAGGAGAGGAGAGGCACAGCCACGGCAAGGCCCUGCAGGCGUUGGAAAGACAGGCGAAGGAAGAUGUGUUGUCUGAGAGGAACAGGCUGCAGACGAUGCACCACCUGGAGCUAGAUAAGCAGCGUGCAGAGUUGACACAGCAGCACACGGAGUGGAGCCGACAGAUGACCCAGAGACAUAUGCAGCAGAUAGAAGACCUGCAGGCUCAACUGCAGGCACACACACAGAUGAUGGCCCUGCAACAGGAUCUGAAGCAGCAGAACCAGUAUCAGGUGUUCGAGCGACAGCUGGAUGAGAGCCGCUGUGCCAUGCUGGAGCUACAGAGAGAAAACGCAGCACUGAAGAAGCAACUGAAGGAGAGGUCCGUGCAGGAGAACCCCGAAGCCGAGGAGAAAAAAGAAGAGGAAGUCGUGGAUUUGCGCAAGAAGAGGGACGCCCAGCUGGAGGAGGAAGCACAGCGCCUGAAGGAGGAGGUGGAGAAGCUGCGGGUGGAGAUGGAGAAACUGGAGGAGUCGCAGAAACAGUGGGAGGAGAGGAGAGAGGAGGACGUGAAAGAAGAGGAGGUGGACGAGGAGAAGAAGAAGGAGCGCGAGGAGGACAAGAGGAGAGAGGAGGUGGAGGAGAUCAGGAGGAAGCACAAGAAGGAGAUGCAGAGCUUGGUGUCCGAGUACAGCAGCGCCCAGACGCACCUGCAGGCUCGCAUCGUGGCCCUGGAGAACGAAUUUAACUGCAGACUGCGCGAGCGUGAGGAGCGGUGCAGGAGGAGGGAGCCUCGAUGUGAUGACCUGCAGCUGGGGAGACUCCAGGAGAGACUGACCGAGAGAGACCAGCUCAUUAAACGAUUAGUGGAAGAGAGGCAUCAGCUGCAGCUCCACCCUCCGGUUGCCGGGGACAACAGCACCCUCAGGCCCCGCGACAGCAAGUCCCGCCCCGGGAGCGUCACGCCAACCAUGAGGAGGAAGCGUGUGGAGUCUCCUCCUCACGUCACCAGCAUCCCCAACGCCGGCACCUACGACAGGAGCGCCUUCGUACCCCCGUCAUCCUCCUCAUCCUCGUCCUCCUCCCCUGUCCAUCAGCGCUCCUCCUCAACCCUCCCCCACCAGUCCACCUCCCAACCGCAGACCUCCCCCCACUACUCCACCUCCUCCCUCCCACACAAGCACACCUCCCUCUCCCUCGGCCAGCAUUCCUCCCCCUCCCUCCCUCGCUCCACCAGAUCCCGGACCUCCUGCGUCCCUCCCACGCCGGCGCCCACCGCCCCGCUCCCGGUCUGCCCCUCGCCGCAGACGGGCAUCCGCUACGUGGCGCCCUCCUGUCAGGAGUCACAUGCACACCUGCAGGCCCAAUCAAUCAGGGGCCCGUACCUGGAGCAGAGGGGGACAGAUGGGCUGAAACAGGAGUGGUUCACCAAAUACUUCUCCUUCUGAGCACAAACAAACGCACAUGAACACACGCACAGCAGCUGCAAGUACAUUUCCUCAUAUACAGUUCAUUGCUUCUUAUAAACAUCCGUUUGUCCCACACACACACACGCACACGCACACACACACACACACACCAACAGACAUAUGGGCUCAUCACCAGCAAGGCCAUCCCAAACAUUGCCUCAAAGCUCAACCAAAAAGUGCUUCUCAAACACAUGCCUGACCUCUUCUCUGGAACAUAGGCCUGCCCGGAUCUUGUUUGUAUAGUUUGGAAUGUCUCCAUAUGUUGUUUUUUAUUAAAGCAGUCUUCCUUUUUUUAAAAUGCAACCUUUGCUCCAAUCUCCACCAUGCGAUUAUUCCAGGAGAACAUCCCUUUCUUGAAAAUCAGCAACCGGGUGUCUCUCCGAGUAUGGAAGCAUUCGACGUAUUCACUCAAGAUCCUCGUCAAGACGGACACUCGCCACUCACCGUACCAAAAUGAAGCUUGUCUCAAUGCAAAAAUGUAUGAUAAUCUUGAUGAACAAAUUAUAUAAAAUAUUUUGUUUUUG